GCCGCUGAAAGUGUUUUCUUCUAUUUCCUGAGCAAUAAGGCUGCCAUUCGUUUGGGGAUGCAACCCACGAAAUAUUAAAAAAUACUUGCGAAGGAAAUCAGUUCAACUUGAUUGAGAAAAUGACUAUUGGACAUUUUGCAAUGGGAUGGAUCCGUUGGAUGACUCAAAAAGAUCCUACAAAAUGACCUGCUGAGCUGUCCAAAAAGUCCGUACUCUACGCUCACUUGGAAUUAGUUCAACCAAUGAAGAAUUUCGUCACAGUUGGGACUAUUCAAUUCUCUCGAGAACAUUUUUUGGAUAGCGGUGGUUACGGACACGUAUACCUGGGCCGUUAUGACGGAGUUGAAGUUGUUAUCAAGCGAAUGCAAUGGCUCCGAGAAAACCGAAAGGAAGUCAUUGACAGAGAAUUAACAGCUUUACAAAAUCUGAGUCAUCCCAAUAUUGUCAAAUUCUUUGAUUCCUCAUCAGAUGAUGAUUUUACAUACAGAGCCAUCGAGAAAUGUCUGACAUCAUUAGAUAAAUACUGCCGACAGCCGCUUCUUUAUCACGGGGUUAUCCCGAUGCCGACGGAUCAACAAGUUCUCCAUCAAAUGGCCAAAGGCCUUCAUUACAUCCACUCGCAAAUUGUGAACGAUCUUCCCAAUUUGCGGUCACAACCUUUGAUCCAUCGGGAUGUCAAACCCAAAAAUAUUUUAAUUUCGUGUGACAAUCCGUCCGUCAUCAAAUGGGUCGAUUUUGGAAUGUCAAGAAAUGUCGUCAACGGCAGCAGAUCCUUUACGUGGAGUCAGUUGAAAGGAACUGAUCGUUGGCUGGCACCCGAACUAAUUCAAAGUGACGUGAAAACCAAAGUGAGAGGAAGUCAACGUUGCGAUGUCUUUGCUCUCGGCUGCGUCUUUUUCUUCUUUUUGAAACAAGGAAUGUAUCCGUUCGGGGACGAUAACACUGCCCAAGGCAAUAUAGACAACGGGAUCCAAGUCAAUCUAAAUCAGUUAUCAAAGGAACAUUUCGCCUUCUCCAUCAUAGAAAAAAUGAUUCAAAACGAUCCUCAUUCACGACCGAAAAUGUCAGCAGUUGUCGAUGCACUUCAAUAACCGGCACCAUCGGCUUGUUUACCAAAUAGCGGCAACGAACCUUUAAAACGUCAGCGUAAUUUGGAAAAUGAACAGGAUACCAGUAAUAAGAAGAGGAAAAAACUUCGACUUGAGA